UCUUCGUCUUCCUCAUUCUCCUUCUUCAAUCUCGCACUCUCCUCUCCUCUCCUCUCCUCACACUCUGGCCAACCAACCAAAUAACUAAUCUCACAUUCUUUACACCAUACACUCCAUUCAAACCAAUCAUCAAACCAACGAAUCAAAACAUCUCAGUCCCACCUACAAGAGCCUCCACCACCACCACCACAUUGAACAACAAACCACCCCACCACCUAAAACACAAUAACCAACACCAACUUCAAACACCCAACUCGCAACCCACAACUCAAUCCCCAAAAAGAAAAUGGCCCCAACGGACCCAACAACCAAACGCCGCCGCUUCCAACCCCCAAUCACAACCUUCUUCACCACCGCCACCACCACCACCACAACAACAACAACCACCUCCGGAACAACCCCCCACCACACGCACAACCACUACUCAACCUCCACCAGCUCACCGACCCCGACCCUAGCCCCAAAAGUCCAAGCCUCGCUCCUCUCCGUCGGCAUGCGCGUCCGCAAAUCCAUCGCAGAGGGAUACAAAACCCAGGCGUCCUUCGAAAAAUCCAUCACGCCCACAUACCAACAAUCCAUCCACUCAACCGCACAGAACCCGAUGAUGAUGACAGUCACUACGGCCGCCGAUGAAGAAGGCGAUGCGUUCUCCCUCCCUGCUAGCUCGCAGGAUUCUAUGGAUUCGUGCUCGAUGUCUUCGGCUGAAGGUAGUAGGAAGCGGGGGUUCGAUGAUUUUGAUUUUUAUGGGUGUGGUUAUGAGGGGGUUGAUAUCCAUAGUGAGGGCUGGGGGUUGAUCCCCGGUGCGAAUAUCGCUGGUGAGAGGACGAUUCUCGAGGCUAAGGGGAGGAGUAGUGCCCUGCGGAGACGGUUUGCUUGCUCUGCUACUGGUGCUGCUCCUGGAGAGGGAGAGUUUGGGGCGGUGGACUUCGAGGAGCCGGCUUUCUUGCGGAGCCGCGAGGAGGUGGAGGGGUAUGAGUAUGAGUAUGAAUUUCUGGGUGGCCGGUGUAGAGAGGUGGAGAUGGGGGGCGUUUGAUCCCUUCUCUCUUUUCUUUCUGGGUGUGGGGUGACGUGACUGUGGGCACCGAAGAGGUGGUUCGGUUUGUUCUCUUGAUGAUAUUGCUUUUUCAGCCAGCGUUGGAUUGCUCUUAGCUGUACUGUACUCCGUACUGUACUUCUAGGUUUAUUUUUAUCUAGUCUUCAUGUCCGGGUGUCACCGCUGGUCCGGUGGACUUUUGUUUGGGUUUUUGUUUGGAGCGUUACGGGUUUUAUGUCUGGGUUUGGGUUCUUGUUAGUGUCGAAUGAAAGGAUGCGGGACUUGGCUUUUAUGCUUCUUGCACAUCUUUACUUUUACCUCUUGCUGGCGACAGCGUCUAGUGAGGAGCGUCUCGCAUAAUAGAAUCUUGAUGGUCC